UCCGACAUUGAAUUUGUGAAUGCCAAGGACAUUGAGGAGAACGAUCCGACCUUGCAGUGGAGCGAUCGCUUCAAGGACAAUGUCAGUCUCGAUUACUCGUCCGUUCACAUACCUCUUGAGAUAUGGGAAGAAGACCCAGAGAUUCUAAACGGAUUGAACUGGUCACGAGGCAUGGACGAAAUGUUUCGGCAUAACAUAGAGCACGACCAUUCGAUCAUGUGGCAGUAUUUUGGCAGUCAGAAAGAACCGGUUUCAUGCGCACAUCCUCCCAGCGAGCAAGUGGUACAUACCGGACGACGAACCCGAUAUGUUUGAUGUGCGUCGUCGACCGUGGUACAUACAGGGUUCCUCGUCCCCAAAGAACGUUCUACUGCUCAUUGACACGUCGGGCAGCACGUCGGGUCAGACGAUCGGUCUCAUGAAGGUGACGGUGAACUCGAUCCUUGACACGCUGGUGGAGGAUGACUUUGUGCUCGCUAUGGAGUUCAACGCGUACACGCGCUUCGUCGGCUGCCCGUUCGACGGUGAGGAUGAGUUCACACACGAGCAGUUUGAGGAAGCCGGCUGCUGCUUCAACACAUUCAAGCAGGCGGACGACAGAAAUAAGAAGGCGAUUUCGGCAGCCGUCAGCGUGCUCAAGUCCCAGAACCAGGCCAACUAUCAGAUCGGAUUCAAGGCUGCCUUCGAGCAGUUCAUAAAGUUUCGUCAGACGGAGGCGAGCAUGUCACAGGGCUCCGACUGCAACGAGGUUAUCAUGCUGCUCACCGACGGAGGCAUGGAGUACCCCGAGGCAAUCUUCAAGGAAUACAACCCGAAGAAGACGGUGCGGAUUUUCACGUUUGCCAUCGGUCCGGCGGCGACACCUAUUGCUGCUCCCCGGCGCAUCGCGUGCACGAAUAGAGGUUACUUCACUAAGAUUCCAUCUAUGGGAGCGAUACGCAGCAAAGUGCAGAACAUGGGCAUGAUAACGACGGUGACGCUGCCAGUGUACAACGUGUCGUACGCAUCGGAUAAUUCAGACGAUUCCUCGGGUGAUGGGACUCGACGUGAGCACUGAACGAGAUGAUUGGCUGCCUCCCUCAUCGCAAGCUCGGGCCUAACGGCUACGGAUUUGCCAUCAACCCGAAUGGAUUCGUACUGUUUCACCCGAACAUGAAGGGACAGGUUGGAUACCUCACGGACCCACCCAGCCUCGACUUUCUGAGGUGAGAUUGAAAACGAGCACAAGGUGGUGCUGCGAAAGACAUGAUCGACAAGGGCACGUCGACAAAGGUCAUCGACACUAUCGUAGUGUCAACCGACCAGAAGCAUCCGCAGCGUCGCACCCACACCUACUGCUACACAAAACCAUUAGAGGAAUCGCUGACUUCAGUCUGGCGCUGGUGGUUCCCGAGGAGAACCAGUUUGAGCUGCUCAUAAAGGGAUACGAGGAGGAAAAAGGCAUCCUGUAC